UUGACUUCACUCUCAUUAUUUCAUACUACUUCUUCCCUUUAUUUUCCUUCCAAUUAUUCCCGGUCCUCACAUUCAUGACCUGCAUAUUUAUACAUUUUUCCAUUGUCCCGGCAACGUUGGUGACGAGUGCGACCCUUUGAGGAGCUUGAGCCAAUAUUUUGGUUAUCCAAUCUUUUUCUGCAAUCUUAGAUGUAGCUACUAGAAGUGUAGAAUGGACAAUCAGAAGGGAACGAGUAUUAGUUUUGAGACAUUCACGUGGAAAAUUGAAAAUUUCUCAAAACAGAACACCAAGAAACUACAAUCCAAGGCUUUCCGAAUCCGAGGUUAUAAAUGGCGGAUUCGUUUGUAUCCAAUAAUGAAGAAUGUUGACCAUUUUUCAUUAUAUUUGAUGAUUGCGGAUUCUUUACCUCCGUAUGGAUGGAACAGAAAUACGUAUUUCAAGUUGGCUCUAGUUAAUCAAUUGGAUGUCAAUAAGUCAGUUGUAAAGGAGACUCAGCAGAAGUUCAAUGGUGGAUAUCGUAGCUGGGGCUCAUCUUUUGUGAAUCUUAGUGACUUCUAUGACUCUAAACAAGGCUAUCUUGUGAAUGACACAUGCAUCAUUGAAGCUCAUGUUUGUGUCUCAGAUCUUAGCACUCUUGAAGUUGAAGCUAACAAUUUGAACAAAAUCACUCCAACCAAAGACUCUAAAUUAGGUGAUCAAGCAGCAAGUAAUUCAGAAUCCACACAGCAGGAAGAUGAUAAAGAAACAGAAACAGAAAUAUCAGAUGAGAGUGAGACACUUAGUUCUUCAACCUGUGGGUCUAGUCAAACAGAAGGGGAAGUUCAAAGUUCAGAUUUGACACUAAAAGACCUUUUAGAUUUGGCGAGUUUAGGAAAAGAAGAGGCUGCUUUUGUUCCACUGUUGGAGGAGGCAUGCAUAUGGCAUCCUUCCCUGAUAAGGAGCCAGAGGAAAAGUUCAAGAUGGUUUAAACUAUGGGCAUUCACAUCUUUGGGCCAAGUUCUGCAUUUACUCAAGACAAGUAAGGUGAAGGAUAUGAAUGAAGAUGCAUGCAAUCGCCUUCGAGGUUUAUGGGAAGAACUUGUUAAGCACUCCGGAUUUCAAUUGUCUUGGUUGGAGCCUUAUGUUCAAUCUGCAUUGGGUAUGGAAGCUCAUUUGGAUAAAACAGGUGAAGUGAAUAAACUCAAAGACAGUGUGGUUGCUUUGGAGAUUAAAAUGAAGAAGCUGAGGGGAGAAUUGGAAGCUGCAGAAGCUGAGUUUGAGGUAGCAAGGAGGGCCUUGACUGAAGCACGAAAAGGUUUCAUAGAGAUGGAUUUGAGUGCUGAUUUAGGAUAUGCCAUGUUUUAGCGCAUUGCAUAUAUAGUGAUUAGUGAACUUGAUUUUUCUCAUAAGUUCCAUUUCCUUGCAAAUUAUGGUGGGAAAUGCCUUGGGUGCCCGCUGCUAAUACUUCUCUGUAUGUUUGAUACUUACAAUAUGGGGUAUGAUUUUGGCUGAUAACUUUUUUGUUUACACAAAGCAAUUGUAGAUGUUACCAUUCAAUCAAGUUUAUGUACCAUUGCUUUGUGACUUUUGCUGCUA